AUGCUCGUUACCACACCGUUCAAAUUUUACAACAGGCCACCAUUCAGUCAUCCCAUUAGAGGUCCGUUCUCCUACACUCCACCACCUGGAUACACUGCCAACGAUGUCGGACCCCCGAUUUCGUCCAACUCAAGGCCGUACAAGGUUAGUAAAAAACCUACUAACGAAGGUUUGGGAGACGAAGAUAUAAAUAAUUUGUUUAAAUAUCUUUCAAAAAAAGACUUGGAUAAAAUAGUACAAUACGCAAAUGAAAAAGAGAGAUCUGCUAUGAGAUAUCGUGAACCGAGUUAUAACAGUAAUUACGAAUAUUCACCGGACUUUAACAGUAAUGAAAAUAUACCAAGCAAAUAUCAGGCGUACGAAAGUUAUAGAGUACUGAAUAGUCCAAAUACGCGUCCUGAUGAAAACAGAUACCAUGACCCCGAUAACGAUAGUUCAAAAGUGAAAUACGAGAACAGUCCGUUCGCAGGACCGUUAAAUAAUUAUGGACCAUACUCUCAAGGCCAAUUAGAUGGCGAGGAAUCUAUGCACAAAUCACAAUUUUCAUUCUUAGACGCCCAUAUUCAAAAAGAAAUCGAUGAUAUGUCAUUCGAGAAUCGAGAUAAAUACACCGACAGUAGAACAAUGCAAGAGGAACUACUACCGAGACCGACUAAUUUAAGAAAUGACGAUUAUGACAUUUCCUUCACAAACGACGUGCCUUCAGUUCUAAAACCUGAGACUUCCUCAUAUAAACUAGAAAACUUUGCCGAACUACCUUUGAUGGGUUACGAAAACUCUAAACUACAUUCAGUUAACUCGUACAGUGUCCCACAUUAUUCUGUAACAUCAAAUCUCAAGCCAUCAAAUCAGAGACCUUCCAACAAGCCGUUAUCGUCAUUUUCAUCAUCCUCACAAUUUUCAAAACCUUCAAGUCAUAACAAUGAAUUCGAAGUGGAACCAGCUCCACCAGCAUCCGUCGCUAAGGAACAGAGCGACGCUCAUCUUAAAGCUAUAAAAAUUUGGACCCACAAAUCUAAAGGGACCGCGUACACGCUGCACGACGAUGGAACCUUAAGUCUCGAAAAACCUACUAGAUCUAAAUUUGAGUAUAAUUAAGAUUUAAAAUAGUAUUUUUAUUUAUUUUUAGGUUACUAUUUAAUGUUUUAUUCAGUAAGCAAUAACAAAUUACAUACUUAUUUGAAUUAAAGUAAUCAACUAUA